CCCGGAACUACUUAAUUAUUCUUGCCUGCUUCACAGCGGUGGAUACGGUCAUAUCUUUAGGGAUGCAUACAAACGGAGCUGGAGGAAAUGCGAGAGGGAACCAAUUAAUUCGAUUUACAAUUCAUCGGGAAUGACAGCCUAUUAGGCUAGUGGCAAGGCUCCCACAUUGUCUUGAUACCCAUAUCCGAGUCUGCUUUCCUGCACUGGAUGGCAGUGAUCCUCCCACCUAGUGCCACCACCUGCAUUCUGUCCCUCUCUCUCCUGAUUCCCUAGUAGAUACAUUGUCACCCUAUAGUCUGGUAGCCUGGCUGCUCACCUACAUGUAUAUCAAUGAAGACCCCAUUUGGAAAGACGCCAGGCCAGCGCCCCAGAGCUGAUGGGGGUAAUACUGGGGUAUCUGCAAAUCUGAUCAAGAGGAAAAAUUCCCACAAGAAGCAGAAGAAUGUUGGUCCAAGCAAGCCUAUUGCCCAACCCAGACGAAACAUAGUGGGUUGCAGGAUAACGCACCAGUGGAAGGAAGACACCAAGGUUUCCCAGUGGAAAGGAACAGUUCUCGAUCAAGUCCCUGUCAACCCAUCUCUCUACCUGAUCAAGUAUGAUGGAUUUGACUGCAUCUAUGGACUUGAGCUUCACAAAGAUGAGCGGGUGCAAGGCCUGGAGGUUUUACCAGACAGAGUUGCUCCAGCUCGUGUCAGUGAUGCACAGCUAGCAGACACCAUGAUAGGUAAAGCAGUGGAGCACAUGUUUGAGCAAGAUGAAGGACCAAAGGAGGAGUGGAGGGGCAUGGUGCUAGCACGGGCUCCCAUUAUGAACACAUGGUUCUACAUCACUUACGAAAAGGACCCUGUUUUGUACAUGUACCAGCUCUUGGAUGACUACAAAGAGGGGGAUCUCCGGAUAAUGCCUGAUUCAAAUGACUCGACCCCAUCAGAGAGAGAGCCUGGCGAAGUGGUGGAUAGCCUUGUUGGCAAACAAGUGGAAUAUGCCAAAGAGGAUGGCGGCAAAAGGACAGGCAUGGUUAUCCAUCAGGUUGAUGCCAAACCCUCUGUGUAUUUCAUCAAGUUUGAUGACGACUUUCACAUCUACGUCUACGAUUUAGUAAAAACGUCUUAGGGCAUUGAGAAAAACAUUGAUUCACAGACCGUGGCAAAUGUAUUCAGGAUUUCUUUGAGACAAGACAAUUCCUUCACAGGCUACGAAUGUGAAACUUGUCAUUUCCUGUGUCAUUGCUUCCAAUGCGAAAGCUAUUAGUGUACUUUUGUUUGAAAAGAAGAGACCUCUGCAGAAUUCACCAUGUCUGAACAUUUACUCUGUUCAAUUGGGCCAGACACCAGGAGCCUAAUCCCAAAGUUUUUCUUAACAUGAAAGAAAAGUGAGAAUUUUGUGGGGGGUUUUCUUGUCUAUGGUGCUGUAAAUGAAUUAUUGUGAGGUUCUCGUAACAUGUUUCUACCACUUUUGUUGACUUGUGGGUUUAACAUCCUCAGAAUUUAGCAUGCAUCAGUCUAACAGCUGUGGUCCUUUGUAGCUCAGUUGGUAGAGCAGGGUAGUGGAUUCGAUUCCCCCAUCCAUAUGUCAAUGUAUGCACGCGUGACUAAGUCGCUUUGGAUAAAAGCUUCUGCUAAAUGGCACGUUACUGUAUCAGUCAAACCUAGUAAUCAGUUUAAAAAGAAAGGUAUUACAUGAAAUUCUGUGAUUUAAUUUUUAUUCCUUAAUUCUCUACUUGUAUGAACUGCCAUUGUGAAAUUGUCCUUCACAUAAGGCUAGUUUCUGAGACCAAGGAAAUCCAAGAGCUUCUUCCUUUUAGUUUUUAAUCAGUGUUAUUUUACGUCAGCCACACUUGCAUUCUCCCGAAAUGGGUGUCUAGACCUCUACUACUCUGUCAAAUCGAAAUUGUAUUAGAGUAAUUUGGCUGAUGGCUUGUGCAAAGUUCAUCAAUUAUUUAAAUUCUAAUAUUUUUUGUUUACUGUGGCUUUUAGAUUUGAUUUUAAUUUCCUUCAACCUGAAAUGAUUAGUUUUGUUAUUUAAUACUCUAUCACCCAAAUCUGAUUUCAAAUUUGUAUUAUUUCACUCUUACUCCUUUUCUAGAGCUACUGUAUUGCAACUUUGUUGUCAAAAACACUAAAAGGAUAAUGAUUGAUACACAUAACUAACUAUACACUGAGUGGACAAAACAUUAAGAACACCUUCCUAACAUUGAGUUCCACCUACUACCAUACCCCGCCCUGGCACCUACUAACCUCAUCCAUUGGCACUUAAAUGGGCACUUGCCUAUUCACCCUUUGAAUGGCACGCAUACACAAGCCAUGUCUCAAGGCUUAAAAAUCAUUUUUUAACCUGUCUUCUCCUCUUCAUCUACACUUGUAGUGUAUUGAACAGGUGACAUCAAUAAGGGGAUCAUAGCUUUCACCUGAUCAGUUUGUCAUGAAAAGAGCAGGUGUUCUUAAUGUUUUGUAUACUCAAUAUACAUGUAAACCGCAUUUAUAAUCGUCUUUCAAGAAAUAUAGUAUAGCAAUCAUCUUGUUAGCAUUGUGAUCCAUUUGGAAGUAUUUUUACGACUUGCCUUCAAUUCUUCAUGCCUGUUUCAUGUCUAUGUGCCAUAUAUUUUCAGAGUGAUAGAUCUCAGAAAUGUUUCUAUCGAAGAAUUUGUGGUCUAAAUUGAUUAAGCAAAGGGCCUGUUAAUGUUCUAAUGGAUUUUGGGUCAUAUGCCACUGAGCCACCUACCAUCAAUGAGGUUAAUUUUGAAAAUGUCAUUGUUUAAUUGAAUUCAGCAUCAAUCCAAUCCAUACGUUUAUUUCUCAUUUAAGCAAAUAUGAAUUGUUUGCUGUUUUCUGACCUGAGCCUAGGUUGAUUUCAUGAUUUAAGUUGAUACUGUAUAAUAGUAUUAUACAUCACUUGCAACAUUUUGAAUUUCAUCCAAGGAUUUAGAAAGAUAUUUAAAUGGUCAACAUGUCAUGGUUAUUUUAGAAUUGUUGUAUUGUUAGCAUGUUCAAAUUGUGUUACUGAAGCCUACAGUGCAUUUGGAAAGUAAUUCAGACCCCUUGACUUUUUCCACAUUUUGUUAUGUUACAGCCUUAUUCUAAAAUGGAUUAAAUAUUUGUUUUUCCCUAUUCAAUCUACACACAAUACCCCUUUAAUAACAAAAGCAAAAACUGUUUUUUAGAAAUGUAUUAAAAAUGGAAACGUAAUAUUACAUUUACAUAAGUAUUCAGACCCUUUACUCAGUACUUUUGUUGAAGCACCUUCGGCAAUGAUUACAGCCUCAAGUCUUCUUCGGUAUGACGCUAAACGCUUGGCACACCUGUAUUUGGGGAGUUUCUCCCAUUAUUCUCUGCAGAUCCUCUCAACCUCUGUCAGGUUGGAUGGGGAGCGUCACUACAUAGCUAUUUUCAGGUCUCUCCAGAGAUGUUUGAUAAAAUUCAAGUCCGGGCUCUGGCUGGGCCACUCAAUGACAUUCAGAGACUUGUCCCGAAGCCACUGCUACGUUGUCCUGUUGGAAGACGAAUCUUCACCCUAGUCCUGAGCGCUCUGGAGCAGGUUUUCAUCAAGGAUCGCUCUGUACUUUUUUCCUUUCAUCUUUCCCUCAAUCCUGACUAAUUUUCCAGUCCCUGCCGCUGAAAAACAUCCGCAACACAUGAUGCUGCCACCACCAUGCUUCACCGUAGGGAUGGUGCCAGGUUUCCUCCAUUGGUGACGCUUGGCAUUCAGGCCAAAGAGUUCAAUCUUGGUUUCAUUGGACCAGAGAAUCUUGUUUCUCAUGGUCUUCGAGUCUUUAGGUGCCUUUUGGCAAACUCAAAGCGGGCUGUCGUGCCUUUUAUUGAGGAGUGGCUUCCCGUCUGGCCACUCUACCAUAAAGGCCUGAUUUGUUGGAGUGUUGCAGAGAUGGUUGUUCUUCUGGAAGGUUACCCAAUUCCACAGAGGAACUCUGCAGCUCUGUCGGUGACCAUUGGGUUCUUGGUCACAUCCCUGACCAAGGCGCUUCUCCCCCGAUUGCGCAGUUUGGCCAGUAGGCCAGCUCUAGGAAGUAUUGGUGGUUCCAAACUUCUUCCAUUUUAAGAAUGACGGAAGCCACUGUGUUCUUGGGGACCUUCAAUGCUGCAGACAUUUUUUUGGUACCCUUCUCCAGAUCUGUGACUCGACAGAAUCCUGUCUCGGAGCUCAACGGACAAUUCCUUCGACCUCGUGGCUUGGUUUUUGCUCUGACAUGCACUGCCAACUGUGGGACCUUAUAUAGACACGUGGGCAUUUCCAAAUCAUGUCCAAUCAAUUGAAUUUGGAGUCCACAGGUAGAAUCAUGUUCUAGAAACAUCUCAAGGAUGUUCAAUGGAAACAGAAUGCACUUGAGCUCAAUUUUGAGUCUCAUAGCAAAAGGGCUGACUACGUUUUAUUUGUUUUAUAUAUUUACCUGUUUUUGCUUUUGUCAUUAUGGGGUAUUGUGAAUAGAUUGAUUUAAUACAUUUUAGAAUAAGGCUGUAACCUAACAAAAUGUGAAAAAAGGGAAGGGGUCUGAAUACUUUCUGAAUGCACUGUAUGUCUGGAGCUUCUGCAGGUUUGCUUGCCAUCACUAGUCACUCUCCCGCACAAAGAUGAGAUCCUGCUAACCUCUGUAGUAUUAUUAAGACAUCUUGAAAGAGGGCAACAGGUCUAUUUAAAAUCCUUGAUUGCCCCUUCAUGAUUUCCAAAGUGUGGAAAUCAUCAUAUGUUGCCAAUGGCUGUGGGAGUCGAGGCAUUUAACAUUUUACAUUACUAUUGUAAUGUACUGUGUAUACUGUCAGUUCCACUUCUGAAAAGCAGACUUAUGUCGCAUGCAUAUAGCUAAAUGUACGAUGAUGUGAGUUGCAUGUCAGUUUCUUUUCAAAGUUAUUAGCGUAUGUCAAUUGUGACAUUUUGUUGUUUUUGUACUGUGCAUUACAUUAACCAACGCACUGAUAAUUCUAAAUGAGUGCCAACUAAACGUGCCAGUCUUGUACAGCAUUUAAGGGGUGAUAGUUCUAAAUAAAUCAUUUGUCAGUUUUUUUUUUUAAGUUACUGGCUUAUUUAUAUGUAUCCAUAAAGAACUUUCCUUUAUUUGAUUGGGAGAAAUGUGUGUGCAUGUAAGGAUGGACCUUGUGCGUACAUAUUCAGUCAGUCGUUAUAUGUUAAAAUAGGAUUAACAUAUUUUGAGUUGAAAUGGAAGAGAUUUAAUUAAGGGACAGUAGUAAAGUACUUUUCUGCAAUUUGUAUAUGUUUAUAUAUCAAAAUAUAGAGGUCAAAUUCUAUCUUAAUGGCCUUGUGUUCUAAAUAAUAUUUUUUUAAAUAAAUGGUUACAGUUUAGUCAUCUGGCACAAACACUUUAAUGUUACUGAAUUCUGCAAGAAAAUUUGAUAAUGGACUAUCCUGAAUAUUAAAAUAAAUAAGUAGGCCUAUGUAAUGUUUAUUUUUUUUAAUGUGAUGUUUCCUUUUAACACAACACUGGAAGAUCCAGUAUUUGUGUGGCAGGUAUAGUAGUCCAAAUGGGGUCCAUGGAAAAGCUUUCAUAAUAUUGAGUGUUGCAGAACGCAACUGUUCUGCCUUACUAUUAUUCGACCAUGCUGGUCAUUUAUGAACAUUUGAACAUCUUGGCCAUGUUCUGUUAUAAUCUCCACCCGGCACAGCCAGAAGAGGACUGGCCACCCCACAUAUGCUCUCUCUAAUUCUCUCUUUCUUUCUCUCUCUCUCUCGGAGGACCUGAGCCCUAGGACCGUGCCCCAGGACUACCUGACAUGAUGACUCCUUGCUGUCCCCAGUCCACCUGACUGUGCUGCUGCUCCAGUUUCAACUGUUCUGCCUUAUUAUUAUUCGACCAUGCUGGUCAUUUAUGAACAUUUGAACAUCUUGGCCAUGUUCUGUUAUAAUCUCCACCCGGCACAGCCAGAAGAGGACUGGCCACCCCACAUAGCCUGGUUCCUCUCUAGAUUUCUUCCUAGGUUUUGGCCUUUCUAGGGAGUUUUUCCUAGCCACCGUGCCCUCUACACCUGCAUUGCUUGCUGUUUGGGGUUUUAGGCUGGGUUUCUGUACAGCACUUUGAGAUAUCAGCUGAUGUACGAAGGGCUAUAUAAAUACAUUUGACUUUGACUUUGA